AUGGCGGCUGCGCGGCCGAUCAUCCUCAGAUUUGAGAGCCGCAACGGCCAGUUUCGCCUCAGUGUCAGCCCGCAAGAGCAGUUUCCUUUACUACAGGAGAAGAUCCUAGAGAACCUCCCCAAAGAUGUUGAACCUUCCUCGCUCGUGCUGUCCAACAAACCCAUCGGCACUGGCGGUCAAGAAAGACAGUUGAAGGAUCUCGCUGGGGUCUCGAUUGAGCGGGUCGGUUUGAAGCACGGGGACAAGCUCUUCAUUGGCUACCAGGAUAAGCAAGCAUCGCAGGCUGCUCCGGCCCACAAGCAUGUCACGGCAGAUGUAUCACGGCGGCUAAACGGAGCACCGGUGCCAGAAACCGAGACUGUCACAUUUCACCCCCCCACCUCCCCAUCGGCGACGAUCAAGAAUCCCUGGGAAGUUGUGCAACAAUCGCCGCUGGACGAUAUGCUGGACAAGAAGGACGGGAAAAUUUAUCGUCCCCGUGAUCCGAAGAUGUGUAAUCACGGCCCCAAAGGCAUGUGUGACUACUGCAUGCCGCUCGAGCCCUACGACCCCAAGUACCUCGCGGAGAAGAAGAUCAAGCACCUAUCGUUUCACUCAUACAUGCGGAAGGUCAAUGCAACCACCAACAAAGCCGAGCUGAAGAGCUCUUUCAUGCCACCUCUUAAUGAGCCUUACUACCGAGUACGGCGCGAUUGUCCCUCUGGUCAUCCGCCGUGGCCUGAAGGGAUUUGUACCAAGUGUCAGCCGAGUGCGAUUAGUCUACAGCCUCAGGAGUUCCGCAUGGUCGACCACGUGGAGUUUGCUUCGCCCGACCUGAUUAACUCGCUGCUUGACUUCUGGCGGAAAUCGGGCGCUCAGAGGUUGGGUUUCCUGUACGGCACGUACGAAGAAUAUACCGAGGUACCUCUGGGUAUCAAGGCGGUGGUACAGGCAAUCUAUGAACCACCACAGGUGGAUGAAAUAGACGGGAUAACGCUUCACGAAUGGCCGAAUGAGAAGGAGGUGGAUGAAGUAGCUCGUCAAUGUGGACUAGAGAAAGUCGGCGUCAUCUUCACGGAUCUGCUCGAUGCGGGACGCGGAGACGGUUCGGUGGUAUGCAAGCGACACAUCGACUCGUACUACCUAUCGUCACUGGAAAUUGCCUUCGCAUCUCGGAUGCAGGCAAAACAUCCUAAAGCGACAAAGUGGAGUCGAACCGGCCGUUUUGGCUCGAACUUUGUGACGUGCGUCCUCAGCGGCGACGAAGAAGGGGCCAUCACUGUCAGCUCAUAUCAGGCCUCUAUCUCCGCUGUUGAGAUGGUGAGGGCGGAUAUUGUUGAACCAUCCGCCGAGCCCUCUGUCAUGCUGGUGCAGUCGGAAGACGACGAUACGGAUAACAAGUCGCGGUACAUCCCCGAGGUCUUCUACCGGAAGAUCAACGAGUACGGCGUGAGUGCUCAGCAAAACGCCAAACCCAGCUUUCCUGUCGAGUACCUACUAGUCACCCUGACCCAUGGUUUCCCUACCGAGGCGUCUCCUAUGUUUUCAGCGAGCACUUUUCCCAUUGAGAACCGGGAAGUCAUCGGCGAGAGUCAGGAGUUACGCCAUGUCGCGAAGAAGCUGGUAUCCCACGGUGAUCCAGACAAGGCAAUUCGUGAAGUGUCAGAUUUCCAUCUUCUGUGCUUCCUGCAUUCGCUAUCCAUGUUCAGCAAGGAGGAAGAAGCACUGCUGUGCCGCGUCGCGACGACCCAUGAUCCCACAGAGGGGCUGAAGCUGCUAAACACCCCCGGCUGGGCGACCCUGGUUACUGUUCUUCAGGAAAGUGGUGAGCGCCCCCCUAAGCGCCCCUGGCUAAACCCUGCCGAUCCUCCACGCCCAUUGUCCCAACAAGGGAAACGUCAUCUUUCCUCAAGACCUGAAUCUCCCAAGUCAGAGAGUGAACAGCUUGCUAAGAGGUUCAAGGGAGCUAGCCUAGAGUGA